UCUUUUACUUAAAUUCAACUAACAAAUCAAAUACAUUAAAAUACAUAUAAUAUAAGAAAUUGGAUAAACAAAAAAAACCAACAAAUUUUCACUUCACCAUGUCUGAAUCAAACGCCAUAGCAAAUGGUUUAGCUGGUGCUGGUGGUGGAAUUAUUGCUCAAAUAUUAACUUAUCCACUUCAAGCUGUUAAUACACGCCAACAAACUGAGAGAACACUUAAGAAGAACAAGCAAAGUUUGCUUCCUCAAUCUUCCAACACAACAACCACUGAUUCUUCUUCUUCUCCUGGUUUUUUUGUUCAGAUAUUUCAGGUUAUUGGAAAUGAAGGUUGGGGUGGACUUUAUAGUGGCCUUAAGCCUUCUCUUCUUGGAACUGCUGCUUCUCAGGGGAUUUACUACUUCUUCUAUCAAAUUUUUAAGAACAAGGCUGUGGCUAUUGCAGCAGCAAGGAAACUCAAAGGGCAUGGAGAUGGUACUGUUGGAAUGUUUGGCUGGCUCGUUGUAGCUGCUAUUGCAGGGUCCUUAAAUGUUCUGUUCACAAACCCAAUUUGGGUUCUGGUGACUCGAAUGCAGACACAUAAUCAAGCAGAGAGAAAAAUCAUGGAGGAAAAGAAAGAAUUAUUAAGAAAGGCUGCUUCCGAAAGCAUGUUAGCAGGUUCAACAUUGGAAGACAGAUUAGAAGAACUAAAUUCUACAAAACCUAAACCAUUUGGGACUAUACAUGCAGCUAAUGAAGUAUAUAAUGAAGCUGGUAUAGUUGGAUUUUGGAAAGGUGUCAUCCCUGCUCUUAUUAUGGUAUGCAAUCCAUCUAUCCAGUUUAUGAUUUAUGAGAGUUCAUUAAAGCGUCUAAGGGCGAAACGCUCUGCUAAGAAGCAGGGAGACACAAGUAUAACUGCUUUGGAGGUCUUUAUCGUGGGAGCGAUAGCAAAACUUGGAGCUACUGUCACAACAUACCCUUUGCUGGUUGUCAAGUCAAGGCUUCAAGCAAAACAGGAGAUUGGUGGAAGUAACUCGUUAAGAUACUCAGGUACAUUUGAUGCAAUUCUUAAAAUGAUCCGUUAUGAAGGAUUGCCAGGUUUUUAUAAGGGGAUGAGCACAAAGAUAGUACAGAGUGUUUUUGCUGCUUCUGUAUUAUUCAUGGUAAAGGAGGAGCUUGUUAAGGCUAUCAUGAUUCUUGCAAAUAAAAGCAAAAAAGUUGUAUUAAAUUUGAGUAGUUAAUUUGACUUCUUUUAGAUAUAUAAAUAUUUCGAGUAGGUUGUUUGUUAAGGUGUCAGUUCAGUGGAAAGAGUUUAACCUUGUAAUCUCAAGGAAUAAAGUUCUUAUCUUCUUGACAUGUGUUACUAAAUGUGUGUCACAUUGGAAAACAUUGCAUUAUGUGUUCAAGAUAUUGGGAAAUUGUCAAAUUAUUUUUUUGUUGAAAA